GCGUGUGUCCCGGAAGUGAAAGCGGAGGACUGAUGUGUGUCUGGAGUGCAGGAAUCUGUCGGUAACAGUUCGUGUUCAGUUGGUGGUUUUCUGGCUCAGAAAAUGGACACGUUAAACAAACUGAAGCAGUUUGACGCUUAUCCCAAAACUCUGGAGGAUUUCCGAGUGAAGACGUGGGGAGGAGCGACCGUGACGAUCAUCAGCGGUGUCAUCAUGUUCAUCCUGUUCGUCUCUGAGCUGCAGUACUAUCUCACGAAAGAGGUUCACCCUGAGCUGUACGUCGACACGUCGCGAGGAGACAAACUGAAAAUCAACAUCGACGUCAUUUUCCCUCACAUGCCCUGCGCCUAUCUCAGUAUAGAUGCGAUGGACGUGGCCGGGGAGCAGCAGCUGGACGUGGAACACAAUCUGUUCAAACAGCGGCUGGAUAAAGACCUCAAAGCCGUCACCCUCGAGGCAGAGAAACACGAACUCGGUAAGGCCGACGACGGUGAAACGUUUGACCCCAGCACGCUCGACCCAAACAGAUGCGAAAGCUGCUACGGAGCCGAAACUGAAGACCUCAAAUGCUGUAACACCUGCGAUGACGUGCGGGAGGCGUACCGGCGGCGAGGCUGGGCGUUCAAGAGCGCCGACACCAUCGAGCAGUGUAAGAGGGAGGGCUUCACGCAGAAGAUGCAGGAGCAGAAGAACGAAGGCUGCCAGGUUUACGGCUUCCUCGAGGUCAACAAGGUGGCAGGAAAUUUCCACUUCGCUCCGGGAAAAAGUUUCCAGCAGUCUCAUGUUCACGUGCACGCUGUGGAAAUACACGACCUGCAGAGUUUCGGCUUAGACAACAUAAACAUGACCCAUCUGAUAAAACACCUGUCGUUCGGUAAAGAUUACCCCGGCAUCGUGAACCCUCUGGACGACACGGACGUCACAGCGCCACAAGCGUCGAUGAUGUACCAGUACUUUGUGAAAAUUGUCCCCACCAUCUACGUGAAAACCGACGGAGAGGUGGUGAAAACAAACCAGUUCUCCGUCACCAGGCACGAAAAAGUGGCCAACGGGCUUAUAGGAGACCAGGGGCUGCCGGGAGUGUUCGUAUUAUACGAGCUGUCGCCCAUGAUGGUUAAAUUCACAGAGAAACACAGAUCGUUCACACACUUCUUAACAGGAGUGUGUGCCAUUAUCGGAGGUGUAUUCACAGUGGCCGGUCUGAUCGACUCGCUCAUCUACCACUCUGCUCGGGUCAUCCAGAAGAAGAUAGAGCUGGGCAAGGCGUCCUAACAGCGCCCCCUGCUGGCCUCCAACGGUGCAACACAGACCAAGACACGGACGCAGAGACAGAAAGCAGACGGACGGACAAAUGGACGGAGAAGUUUGACAGCAGAAGCAAACAGUUUGUUUUCCUUCGGUCUUUCUGUCUUCUGUCAGAUCGAGUGAGAGACAAACGGAGGGAGGACGGAGAGGUUUUUAAAUCGGCCAAAGUUUUUAAUUCCUCCGUCUCCGUUGUCAUCGUUGGAAAAAGCUCCGGAGAGGAAUUUCACAGUCCACUGUUUGAUUUGAUGCCAACAGGACGGAGUCAGAAUCAGACAUCCGACAUCGACGAGAGACUUUUUUUUAUGAGACUGAACUCGAGCGGAGACGAGGACGCCGCAUCGAGUCUGGAACGGUUCUUCAUGGAGGAGGAAGAAAACUUCCUUCUCUCUCUCUCCUGCUUCAGUCAACGAUCGCUGCGCUGAAUGUUCGUUAGUAGAUCUGUGGUCGAGACUUUGUUCCUGAGGAUGAGACGGCACGGAGGCUUUUUAAAGGAAGAUGUCACCCAAAAUCUUUAGUUUUCUUAUCAGCUACUGCCUGAAGAAAAGAUGUUUGCACAGAAAGUCGGAUACGACUUCAGAUGCUUUUGUUGUGAUCUCAAUAUAACAAAUGUAUUCAGAUUGAAA